CAUAAGUCAUGCUCGAGUAUUUGAGAAGUUUGGCGAGUGGUUCAGUAUUUGCUGGCAGUUGGAACGUGAUAGAUACCCAAAAUAUACUAAUUUGAAAAGAUGAUGAUAGGCCUGUGGUUGCUUUUUUUUGCAUUGCUUGGUGGCACAUUUUUGGAAACCACUGCGCUCCUAAAUGGCGAAAAGAGGGUAAUCGACAAGUGUUUGGAAAGCUAUGGAGGACUAACGUCGGAUAGCGGCCAGCGUCUGCAAAGCUAUACCGAAUGGUCGGAGCAUUAUGAGGAGAUUCCAUGCUUCACACGCUGCUAUCUCAACGAGAUGUUCAAUUUCGAGAACGACGGCUUCAAUGAAAGCAAGAUUGUGGCGCUAUUCGGAAAAGCGACCUACGAGGCAUGCAAGCCCAAAUUGGAAAUGAGCAAUGGCCAGAGGGGCAGUUGUGAGCAUGCCUACAGCGGCUUUCACUGCAUUGUCAGCCUGGAGAACGAUCCAUUCAUCUUGAUUGCGAACAUGCCGAAUAUCACGGACACUGCCAAGUCGGCGAUGAAGGAGUGUCUUCUCGAGAUCGAUCAGGCGGAAUGGAAACGCAUUUCUGAAUUUUCACAGUUCCCCGUCCAGGAGCCAAUACCCUGCUACACCCGCUGCUUCAUCAACAAGCUGCAGCUUUUCAACGAGCGCAAUCGACGCUGGCGACUCGAAGAUAUGCGCCGGGAGUUGGCCGUCCCACUGCCCAAUGCAAAUGUACGCGGUUGCCACAGACUACGUGCACGCAAUCCCUGCCUCACCGUCUACCAUCAGUUCACCUGCUAUGUGAUGGCCAAAUAGGAAAACUCCAAUAAUUUGACAAUUUUCAAAUUUCUAUGAUGAGUUGUAACGAGAAAGUUUGAUGAAAUAAAGUAAACCAAUCCACCGUUGUGUUAUCUACAGUU